AUGGGUUCUGUAAGCAAAGAAGAAACAUUGGAAAAACUGGAUCAAGAGAUCACGGUGAACCUGCAAAAGAUAGACUCUAAUUUAAGUUUCUGCUUUCAUAAGAUCACCCAGGACAUCAUCCCACACGUCGCCACAUAUUCAGAAAUAUGUGAGCGGAUCAUGGAUAGCACCGAAUGGCUGGGGACUAUGUUCCAAGAGACUGGGUUGGUGAAUUUGCAGGCCAAUGCAGCUGCACCAGUGAAAAACGCCCCAGUAAAAGGCGUUAUUUUGAACAAUAAUGCGGGUAUACUCUCUACCUCCGCUGAAGAUGUGAGUAGGGAGUCUCAGACGUGCAAUGGUUCUGAUGAGCUGAAUUCAGCCGUAGGCUUCAACCGGAACGCACAUUCUGUGUUUACUAACGACAGUACGGACGAUUUCCACACAGCAAAUAUAACAUCCACGGGACAGAUAUUGAAACUUCCAGACUCUAGCGACGAAGAUACUGGCACAGAUGUACUGCCUUCAAGGGACCAAAGAGACCUUACGGGCGAGGGUCAUGAUGACGCUGAUAAUGAGCAGGACGAAAGUACAAUACAGAGACAAAGUCGCAAAAGAAAGAUCUCGCUACUUUUGCAGCAGCAGUACGGGUCCAGCUCUAGUAUGGUACCGUCUCCGAUUGUGCCCAAUAAAAUGCGGAAGCAAUUGGCUCAUGAGGAACACACUAACAACGGCGGCGAUGACGACGAUGAGAACAGCAACAAUAUAGAGAGUUCGCCUUUAAAGCAGGGACAAGCGGACAAAGACAACGAAGGCCCCGAUGAAGAAGAGAGUACGAAAGAAGUACCAAAGCCUGGAACCAUCAUUCAUUUUUCUACGAAUAGAUAG